AUGACUUUACUCCUGACUCAAUACCUGGGCAAAAUCCGAGGGAAAGACAGCAAUCGGGUUACUCAAUUUCUAGGCAUCAAGUACGCCACUCUCAGAGACAGGUUCGCAGAGGCACAGCUCGUCGAAACCCGGGACGGAGAUGUGCUUGACGCGACGAAAGAUGGUCCCACGGCGCUUUCCCCGCAAUUUGGAUGCGACCUGGAGCUUAGCAUCAUCCAGCAUCCACUGCCAAGGAAACCUUUGCCACAGUCAGAUGUCGAUUGUCUUAAUUUGAACAUCGCCGUGCCCAAUGAUACCACAACCGACUCUCACCUGCCAGUCUUUGUUUUUAUCCAUGGCGGUGGGCUCUCAAUCGGCGCGAAUUCUUGGCCACAGUAUGAUCUUGAGCGAUUGGUCGAGUUGUCUGUUCUGAAGGGUUUGCCCAUCGUCGCAGUGUCCAUCAAUUACCGCCUUGGCAUGUUGGGGUUUAUGACCUCCGAGGAGCUGCGGGCCGCCGGGUACAAAGCGAAUAAUGGCCUCAGAGAUCAGAGGACGGCUGUGGAAUGGGUGCAUAGGCACAUCGGUGAUUUUGGAGGCGAUCCCGAUAACAUCACGCUUGCUGGAAUGAGCGCUGGAGCUGCUUCUGUCGCGUGUCAACUCGAGUCCGAAAAGCCUCUUUUCAGAAGAGCCAUCAUGAUGAGCGGGAAUCGAUUCUUCUCGUCCAGCCUACCGUACGAGAUUCAUGAGCAGAGUUACCAGCGAGCGGUGGCAGCUCUGGGCUUGGCGGACAUGUCUUCAGAGCAAAGGCUCAAUACUUUGCUGAACACAUCUGGUGAAGAACUGGUUGAAAAGAUUCCUCCAUCUAUAAUUCCUCGGUUUGCAGUCGACGGGGACUUUGUCCCACCAGCGAUGACUUAUGCACAGCUAGCGGAUAGGACUAACCACUUUCCUAAGGGCAAGGAUUGGUGUCAGGAAUUGAUGGUCGGCGAUGCCCAGAUUGAUGCCAAUAUCAUUCAUGCCAUUAGGUCCGAUCUCAGAAAUGGAUGCGCUGAGCGGUUCCUGAAAGCUCUCGCGGCCGUUCUUCCCUCGCAGCCAGAAGUCUCAGAACAGAUCCUGGCCGAGUACGGUAUCGCCACUGAAAUGAAUGACGGUGAAGCCUUCCUUGCCAUCCUCGACUUCCUAAAUGAUGUUUGGAUGUACGCCCCAACGUUAGCAUCCGCACAAGGCUGGAAGGGACGGGCAUUCGUCUAUUACUUCAACGAAGGAAACCCAUGGGAUGGCGCAUGGAAAGGCCGAGCCGGCCACAUUCUAGACCUUGCGUAUCUUUUCCAAAACUUUCGCGAAUACCUGUCGCCUGCACAACAAAAGGUGGGAGUUGCGAUGGCAGAGGAUUUGCUCAAGUUUUGCCAUGGCAGCGAGCCGUGGCCUGCAGUUGUCGAUGGAGACAUCAAGGACGGCUUUACUGCCCGAGUAUAUGGCCCCAGCUCUGAGGAGCCCCCAACCCAGCAGGUAACCCAACCGUUCGGUGGGAAAAGUCAACGUAGAUCCACAGUCUUUGAUCUUCCCAGCAGAGUAUCUCUGGAUGAUCUUUCGAAGAUCGCUACCAUGUUCAUGCAUAUGCAAUAGUUAGUGACUGUCUCUAUGUGGGUAUAUCAUUCGGCAACAAAUAAAAUAAUAUG